AUGUCACAAGUGCCCUCUGACGAAACACCUGAGUGGCGAGGUAUCCUUGCCAAGCAUGGCAUUGUCCCUAUUCCUGACAUCGAGCCCAUUUAUCAGGUAUGGUCUGUUGUGCCUGAGUUCACCCUCAAAACGUGCAGAAACUGGGCAGGUUACGCGGCAAUAGAUGGUAUGGAAGUCGUGAGCCCUGUUUUGGCAGACACGUCAACGGACUGGGAGAACGUCGUGGAUGUGUUGGGCAUUCUGCGAAACAACUUGAGGAUACUCGUACCUAAUACCUGCGGUUUCCACAUUCACGUUGCCAAGGGCGUCGAGAAGCUAUCAUUGCACCUGCUACGUAAACUCGUUGUUCUCGUGGCUUGUGCAGAAAACAUGAUCUUCAGCCUCUGUCACCCUAUCAGGAGGGAGGAGUGGUGGUCGAUGCCUAUCAUUUGGGAGGGUUCGCCCUUAUACGACGGAUAUAAAGAGGCGUGGACGCGUAAGGGUGUCACGGCUGACUUUUGGCAGCAUAUACCCAUUCGUACGACUUCAAACCCUCGCCUUUUUGGCGCUUUGAAGAAGGUAUGGAUGGUCAAGAGUGGAGCAAGUCUUCAAAGACUCUUGAAACCUUCCAUAGGUAAGUGCUGCAUCGGUUUAGCCAAGUGUAACUUCUAUUCUUCCAUUGGCACAGAGUAUGAUGGAACCGUCGAGUUCCGUUUCCUCGAAGGUACACUGGAUCCGGAACUGAUUGUACGCUGGGGUCAGCUCAUGGUAGCUCUUUUUAGAUUCGCCGACAAGGCUCCUCACGAGGCCUGGUUCCCGUUUAUAGCUACUGUAUUACAGUGCCAAUCACCAGGCCCUUGCGACAUCAAUGUUCUGAGAGUGUUUCUUACUCUUCUGGGCCUGAGCGAUGAUUUCGACUUUUGGGCUGACAGAGUCGCAGCAAUGUCAAAGCUGGAUCCGCAAGAAUACCGAAAAGAUCGACCCGAUGAGAAUCAGGGAUUCCUCUCUCGAAUCAGCGACUCGCAAAUGACUGCCCUUCGUGACAAUCUAUGCCAGAGGGAAAGAAUCCUUCCAUGCCUAGCUGCCAAAAAGGGGGUCGCCCAAGAACCUGAAUCACCACUUGAUCCUGCAGACCGCGCAGAAUCGAUACUGAGGGAAGCUGGAUUUGCAGGUAAGUCACUCAGUAAAGCAGUCAAGGCUGAAAGGGGGAGAGUGCAGACGAUUCGGGCUAGGCCUACCAAGAAGCCUGAAGAAGCGGCUCGCGAGGAUGACACAGAUGAACCCAGCCUUCAUCUGUUGCGCGUUCUUGAAAUCAGCCGCUCCGAAGCAGAUAGAAACCUGGGGUAG